AUGUGCGCUAAUGAGGCUGUAGUGAUGGGCACUGAUAAGAUGCACUGAUGGACACUGAUAGGUGGCACUGAUGAGGCACUGGCAGGUCCAGGGGCGGACUGACAACUCAUGGGGCCCCCGGGCAAUAGGGGAUCAUGGGGCCCCUGUGUCCUUGCCCAUACUCAAAAAAGCCUAUGAAAAAGUUACCAGGGGCAUCUCAUGGGGCCCCCUAUGACCCCAGGCCCUCGGGCAGUGCCCGAGUUUCCAAAUGGUCAGUCCGCCCCUGGGCAGGUCU